GGAGAAAAUGGUGUGAGGAAAAUUAUAUAAAAUUUGGAGGACGAAGAAGAGGUGGGCGGAGCCGCGAGGCAUUGGAAGAGAGAGGAAUUUGAUUUCUGGGGAAUGGAAGAUUGAAAGAGAAGGAGGAGGGGGAAGACGAAAGUAGGAAUUUCAAUGCUCAGCACGCUCUGAAUCGAUGGUUGCGUCUUUCAAUUUAGGCGAAAGCUGUGGGAUUAGAGUCUGGAAAUUUUUUAUUUAGAUUUGAUGAAGAUCGGACUUGGUUUCGAUUCGUUACUGACUUAAUUCAACAGCUGCAGUGGAACAUAUCUGACUUCCACAUUGAAGGAAUGGAACAUGAUUAUGGAAUGAAUGAUGUGGAGGAUGACUUGGAAGAAGAAUUUCUUGGAAUAGGGAUGGGACACUCAGAAUCUGAUGAUGAUGAAUAUGUACAUAUUAAUGGUAGAAUAACAGAUACUUCGUCAGCACAAGCAAGGAAAGGAAAGGACUUACAAGGGAUUCCCUGGGAUAGGCUAAGUAUCACGAGGGCCAAGUACAGAAAGACUAGACUAGAACAGUAUAAAAAUUAUGAGAAUGUUACCAAUUCUGGGGAAUCUUCAGCGAAGGGAUGCAAGCCAACAGAGAAAGGGAAGAUGUAUUAUGAGUUUUGGCGCAAUACAAGGUCUGCUAAAUCGACUAUUCUUCAUUUUCAGCUAAGAAAUUUGGUUUGGGCUACAUCAAAGCAUGAUGUCUACCUUAUGUCAAAUUACUCUGUCUUCCAUUGGUCGGCUCUUACUCGGCAAAAGUCUGAAGUGUUAGACGUUUCAGGUCACAUUGCGCCAUCAGAGAAGCACCCCGGAAAUCUUCAAGAAGGAUUUUCUCAGACUCAAGUUAGCACCAUGGCAGUCAAGGAUAAGAUACUUGUAGCUGGAGGAUUUCAAGGAGAGCUCAUCUUUAAGGUGACUUUGUUUGUUUGGUUUUCUUAUGCCUGUUUUAUUACUAUGUUUUGGAGGCACGUGGGUCAAACAAGUCUGCUCUGGUGCUGUUAUUUCUACCACAUGGAGUUUAUCAGCGGUGCCGUUCACUUCAUGGCUUCAAAUAAUGAUUCUGGAGUCAGAGAUUAUGACAUGGAGAAGUUCCAGCUCUCCAGGCAAUUUUCUUUCCCAUGGCCUGUUAAUCACUCAUCUCUCAGUCCUGAUGGAAAACUACUUGUGGUUGUGGGAGACAACCCGGAUGGAAUCAUAGCCGACUCGCACUCCGGAAAGACCAUCCAUGACUUGCAAGGCCACUUGGACUACUCCUUCGCAUCCGCGUGGAAUCCCGACGGCCGGAUCUUCGCAACCGGCAAUCAGGACAAGACCUGCAGAGUAUGGGAUGUUAGAAACAUGUCAAAAUCCAUCGCCAUAUUGAGAGCGAAUCUCGGAGCAAUAAGAUCGAUUCGAUUCACAUCUGACGGCCAGUUCAUGGCAAUGGCUGAACCAGCAGAUUUCGUUCACAUAUUCGACGUAAGAAGCGGCGGCGGCUAUGAGAAGCAGCAGGAGCUGGAUUUCUUUGGGGAGAUAUCUGGUAUGUCUUUUAGUCCUGAUACUGAAGCUCUCUUUGUUGGCGUUUGGGACCGCACUUAUGGCAGUCUCUUGCAGUACAAGCGCUGUAGGAAUCUAUCUUACUUAGACUCCAUGAUUUGAGAACGGUUGGAGAACCUAUAUAUGAUUUUUUUCAUUGAUUAGGAGGUAUGGGGGAAAUUCUUAGUUUCAGGAUUACAUUUCAAUAAAAUUUGUAAUUUGCAUUACAGGAGGAAGAAAUGAAAGUGUUGUGGUGAGAGAGAGAGAGAGAGAGAGAGGUGGGGAGAUUUUCAGUGUUAAACCCUUUAGUUUUUCUAUUAGUGUUCAAUCAUUCAAAACUAUUAUGUUAUGUUGUUUAAUGGAAGAUUUACAGAUAUACCACUUAAUUCCUAUGUA